AUGAGCCCUGGCAUACCUACAAUCGCUCUUUUGGGCUUGACUGUGAUCAACUCGUGUACCGCCCAACUGAUCGACCCAAACCUUGUAGGAACGUGGACCACCAAAAGCAAGGCAGUCUUCACUGGCCCAGGAUUUUACAAUCCAGUGACGGACAAGCUGACCGAGCCAAAUCAUCCUGGAAUUUCUUAUUCUUUCACUGAGGACGGCCACUAUGAAGAAGCCUACUACAGGGCCAUUUCGAAUCCUACGCAACCUGCCUGCCCGUCUGCAAUUCUCCAAUGGCAACACGGGACCUAUACCCUCGAAGCUAACGGCUCGCUUCUUCUAAAGCCCUUCGAAGUCGACGGGCGGCAAGUAAUGUCGAGUCCUUGUUCCUACGAUGAAUCUAUUUAUACGCGGUACAAGAAUCCAGAAAUGAUAAAGAGGUACCAAGUCGGCCCCGAUCCAUUCCACAAUGUCCAACGACUUGAUCUGUUUCGAUUUGACGGCUCUCCUAUGCAUCCAAUGUUUCUAGCCUACAACCCACCUCAAAUGCUACCAACCUCGACGCUAAAUCCUACGGCCACUUCAACCGCGCCAGCUAGAAACCCCACCAGCAAGAGCCGCGUUAAGCGUACAAUUGAUGAUGAAACUGGCGAGACAAUUGAGCCUCUCAACAAAAAGGCGAUUUUGACACCAACUGAACCGUUUAGCGCUGACAGAUGGUGGUGGGUGGGCGUUGGUCUGACAGCAGUUGGCACUAUACUUUACAUGUAUCCGUCUUCAUAA